AUGGAUGUCGCGGAUUACACUCAACAACACAAACCUGACGACUUCAACUAUAUGCGGAGUACGUACACCCUCUGUGACUGGCAGUUCCAGCUCAUCGAUGCAAUCGCCUUGGAAGACAUCCGCAGCAAAGAGCUCCCCGCUCCCAGGAAACAUACUCGCAACAAUAAGGUCACAGGACAGAUAGCGGAGACGUCAAAGUGUAGGGUAGGGACAAUGUCUGGGGCACUUGGUUGACCUUAGGCCAUGUGUAGGCAGUCACAGACGCAACUCUGAAAUAAUCUGCGGUCUGGCGACUUGACCAAGUCCCCAUCCCUUUGGCAGAUACCUGUGCGAAAAUAUCUACCGUUUGCGAGGGAUUUAGAAAUGUGCAAACCAGCAAGACACUAGGAUCUUUGUAAACUUCGUGAUGCAAAAGUUGAAUUAUUUCCAAUAACACAGGUACGGCGGUCGUCAGUAUAUUGGCAAAACAGCAGAAAUCCCUUGGGCCAGAGAGGAGACGAAACAGAAAAGGGACAGGAACGAGGCGCCCCACAUUAUUGUCUUUCACAGAGACUGAACCUAGCGUCUACUGUUCAAGCAGCACAAGUGUCCGUCUAACCUUCAACACCUAGGACCGACAUUUUCACUUGAUAGUCGACUUGUCACGAUGGUAUGAGGGUCAACGACAUUGCGAUACGCGCAUGAGUGGUAAAGUUUCGCCAGCCACUUGAUUUUCACACAUAUAUUGCCCCGAUGGCCCUAUGUGCUCUUUCGCUUCAUAAUAGCAGCGAAACCAGUCCAUCAACUUUGUUGAGCUAUCAUGUGAGGACCGAAAACCCAGAACUAAAGAAAUUCCUAGAACAGCGAAAUACGCAAUGUUCUGAAGUAUGCCAACGUCAUUUGCACAAAAACAAGGCGAACGAACAAUAUUUACGUCAAAUUACCUGUUAUAAGGACAUAAUCUAUGAUUGGUAUGAAUACCAUUGAAACAUCUCGAUGCUGAGCAAUAACACGUUCGAAGUAAUUCAAAGAUAUAGCCUCAGGUUUCAUUCGAAAAUUAACAUUUGCGCUAUAUCUUAUAUUCAGUGCAAGCAACGUAAUCGGGGACGGGAGAAACUGCAGUAUAAUGCUACAGCUACCAUUAAUUUACAACAGAAUAUUAAUUUGUCUCCUGAGAACUUAGCUUAUUUUACGGGACAGUGUGCUAACAGGAGACACUUAGAACUUCUUUUCAUUGAUGUGUACGAAUGAUGACAGACCAGGCUCUUCCACAGAACCAAAUUUAAUUCUUGUGAACCUUAUAGGACUUGAUCCAACGCCCGUCGUUUUUUAUGACGGGACAAGUGAUUUGCUGUUGCAGAGAAGACGGUCAGAGGGUCCCAUCUAUUUUUCAAAAAUAAAGGAGCUAGAAUAACGACUGUCCCCUUGAAUUAGGAGGCAAAUACCCCAUUGCUUUGCGGCCAUUUUGGCCUGCAAUCACGGGAGUGAGACUGUUCUAACAAUUUGCAUACGACCAACUGACUGACCCAAAAUUUACCCUUUCACAAACUCCAACAUGUGCCCUCACCGCUCCAGUGACUAAGUUGGAUUUGGUACUCACUCAAAGUCGCUGACGGAGCUGGAUACUUUUGAUAAGUCUCGGGUUUCUAAUCAGUAAUUCCUUAAAAUGCCCUUCCAGUCAAAAAUGCUUUGAGCUAUUUACAAGCUUAAGCGCCCAUUUCGAGUCUGGGCGGAUUGUAAUCCAGCUCCGACUUGGUAACCAUCGCAUUCAUUUUCCAAUCCCUUUGAGCCAGUUCUUCAUAAUUAUGUAUAUAAUUCAUCAUGCCUCUAAACAUACCUUACAUAGUGCGAAAAAUUGCCCACCAAGGCUGAUUUCAGUCAAUUCUGUCAUGUACAAAUUUUUCGCUCUCCGCUCCUAGUGCACUUCCUUUGAAAAUUUUAGGGUCAGAUGUUGGUAGCGCCCCGUCGGAUAGUGUGAUAUUACGGCAUAGAAGGCUAUUCAUGCAAUGAGGCUUCGUAUUGUAAGUGUUUAUAUUAUUCUCCCACAAACUUGUAGAUUCGAACAGUUUUCGCCCGUGGCUUAUGGCGUCGAAGCAUUUAUAUUGCGUUCGUGUGCCUCUUUUUACUCUUGCUGCUGUUCCAGUUUGCCGGCCAGCUUCCCAAUAAUUCACAAUCCGAGAUUGCCCUGUCUAAGUCCCAGUUCAUACCCAAACUUGGUAUCCGUCGGACUAAUUGGACCACCUUUCGUAUCACACCGUUACAAUCAGAGACAGGAGAUAUCCUCAUAGAGUUGCGUGAGGCAAUGAACCACUCCUGGAAGGCCUACAAGCUAUACGCUUGGGGUUUGCUCGUCGAAUUAGGCUAAAAUUUUUUAAGGUAAAGACGAGGUUGAUCCUGUGACAAAGAGGGGAUCAUUUUGGAUGAAUGCAGCUCUCACAAUGAUCGAUUCGCUCGACACCCUUUGGAUAUUUAACAUGGAUAAGGAAUUCGAGGAAGCCAGGAAUUGGAUCGAUACAUAUGUUCAUUUUGAUUUGGACAACGAUCGCGUUAGUGUGUUCGAGUCCACUAUAAGGCUUCUAGGUGGAUUACUAAGCGCCUUCCAUCUGUCUAACAAUGAAGUAUUUAUUUCUAAAGCGGUAAGCAUAAUAGUAAAGUUGCUGCAGAUUUGAAAGUUCUUGCAUCGUCCUGCUUUCCAUGAACUCCAUACUGUUUUUAUGAUUACUGAUGUCCUGAGUGAUUACUCUUGAUGCGUGCCGACAGGCGACGAUGAUACUGAAUGUUACGAUUCCCUUCUCCAACCAUACUGACUACAUGAAAAUAAUCAAAAACUUUCUCGAGAUCGCGACCAGUCGUCCCAAGCCUAUUUAAGUAGAACACACACGCUUGGUUUCUCGUAAUGCGUUUCACUGGCUUUUAGCCCGUAACACCAAGAUUAGAAGACUAAGGACACUGAAUGUGCCUAAAUCAAUUCAACUUGCUCCCUUACAAUCCUUAUGUCCUCCCGCUCUCGUCACCACGAAUGCUAAGUGCCGCUUUUGAGACGGAUCCUGUGUACUUCUCCCAAGUUAGUUCUCAAGCGCUACUAGCUGAAUAAUUCCAGUUUUCGCAUGUCUAUCUAACACAGUCCGAGCUCCUCAACUGUAGAGCUGGCACGAUCAAAAACUAUCGAUUGGACGGCGGUAUCCUUCCUAUUCUAUUCUCGUCGUAUUUUCUGACUCCUGAAGUUUCCGAAACAUGGACUGAGUGAACCCAUCUAGAGCCUACGGAAAAGUAAAUUAUACCGACCAUCAAAAAUCAAUGGGAAAAAUGCAUGCUACUUAAGUAGUCAUUUUUGCCGAGUAGGGUUUCUACAGGAGGUCGGAAAGCAGUGUAUGCCAGAGCGGACAUCCUGCCGAGUCCCAAAUAUCAUAGGAUUAUGCCGCAAGGUAAUCAGUAUUACAACCGCGACCAAGUAAUCCUUCCUAAUCGAAAACGCAUUUCAGACUUUCAGUCAACAUUUCAUGAGAUCGGUCACUCACUGUAGGUGUUGGUCAGGAUGAGGCGGUGUUCUGCGCAGGCUCGCGGAAGGAGUAGGCUAUUGAUCUUGGAGCUUUGGAGACCAUAUGGACCCAGCGCUCCUCUCCAGGCAGUAUGGUCUGCGCCUAUCUGAGCCUUGAAGUCAGCAAGGACAAUCAACUUAUCCGCCUUCUUCAAAGUCUUCAGGAGAGCGUUCAAGUCCUCGUACAAUAUGUUCCUUGCAGCGUCAGGGCUGGUCAUCGAGGAGCGUAGACGCUGACGAUGGUGACCAAUUUGCCUCCCCGGAGAGGCAGGCGGAGGCUCAUCAGACGAUUGUUGAUGUCCUGCGGCAGACAGGGUAGUCGUCCUACGAUGUCAUUCCGGAUGGCAAAGGUGACGCCCGCGUCACGUCGCUCUGCCUUGGGACGAACGCUGCAGAAGGUAUAGCCGGCACCCAUCUCCUCCAGUCGUCCUUGUUCGGCGAAGCGAGUCUCGCUGAGUGCAGCGAUGUCCGCAUUGUGGCGCGCCAGUUACCGAGUCAUUAAUAUCGUCCUCCGGUCCGGUCGGUUGGUUCUCGGAUUGUCUGAAAGUAAACAAACAUUCCAGGUUGCCAGAAUAAGCGGAUUCACCCUAGCUGCCUGUGGGGUGGAGCGACUGGGAGGAGGGGGAAGGGAGAGAGUGUGUUGUUUCUUGUUUGGCAGUUUCGACCGUGUGUUUUGCGUCUGCGAGCCACGGUCAGCACGCAGAGGACGUGAUCUCAGCAUUUGUUUAGGGCACCUCGCGGGUGAGCAUCCUCGCGCGGGUGAGCAGUUCUGUCCCUAAAUAGGAUUGCUCAGGCAUCCCAGACGGCUGCUGCACUCCAGUAUGAGUCGCGGGCUUUAGUGAUAGAACGACCAGUGGCCUGGACCGCCUACGUGAUCACUGUCGCUCUCACCGUAGGACUUUUUGAGUGGGGCGACGGGGGACGGAGCGGGAGAGGGGGUAAGAGUGCAGAAACGGAAAGCAGAGUUUCCCAUCCCUCUCAAAGGUAACUGGUUGCUGAAAUAUAGUGCCUGCCUCCGAUAAUGGGUUUGAGUGAGAGCCCGAAAUGUCAUGUCAGUAAAGCUCUUGUUCCAGCGAUCGCACCUUCUUCUAAAGAAAACAUUGCUCUUUCCACUACAGUAGUAUGGCUCACUGUCUUUCACAUAGUUACCUGCUAUUCGCACUUACGUUCGAUUCAAUUCCACCACAUGCAUUCGCUUGCAGACCGUUCUGGGAGAAAAGCUCCUACAUGCAUUCAAAUCCACGUCAGGACUGCCCUAUUCGGACAUUAAUUUGGCAAAACUAGUGGCUUCGCUUCCUGAUUGGUCCAGAUAUGUCAGCCUUUCCGAAGUGGCGACACUUCAGUUGGAGUUUAAUGAUCUCGCCAUCAUAUCUAGGAAUGCCGAUCUCGCCGUAAGUCUCUUCUACAUCUAAAAUCCUCUUGGUCAUUGCAUUUCAUUGAAAACUGCCAACUUUUGAUGUUUAUGGGGACACGACCAUUCCGGUAGAAAAGUUGCUGUCUACGAGGAAGUGGACUUUUUGUAGGGUGAAAUUCUUUUUAAAUGAUCAUAUGAUAAUCAAGAUAACCUCGAGUGUUCUGCGUGGUCCUCGUUUUUCCUAUGUAGGCCGUACGCUUUUAUUUACUGCCUUUUCUACGGAUUCAUGGGAGAUCAAAUGCGGUCGAUCAUCACCGCCUCAUUCGUUAAUGUAGGUUUUUUGGCAUUACAUCUGCUAAUCUUCAUGGCUUAGCGCCAUUUAUAAGGGGAAGAGACUUUCCACAAUCUUCAGAGAAGUCUUGCCGAAAGACAAGCAUUUGUAAGGAGCUCAUAUCAUGGGAAGAUCGAUUUUUUGACUUCGUUGACAUCAGUAAUUUAUGCGAACUGGCAUAGUUGUGGUAAUUUUCAUGAACUCACCGAACUAAUUUCUCUCCAGCUUUUACCUCAUUGUACCGUCCAUUUCAGACAUCCGAUUACUCAUCUCGAAACCGACCACCGUUUGGCUUAGUACUUGAUCUUCUGAAGUCACUCAAAUGCGUUCUAUAUGGUAGGGUAGUAUUUGCAAUCCUCUAGCGAAAUUCCGAUUGUUGGCAGCCAUCUAUAAUCUAAAAUAUACAGUCACUGUCGGAUAUUUUGUUGGGUAUUUUCACUGGAAUACCGUUCGCGUAGCUUUGACUAUUAUUCGACUUCUUUGUUUGAAGGCUAAAAUGACUUCUAGGCGGCCUGAACUGAUCUUUUUUACCCUUACAAUACUGAGUACUCACUUAUUUCACAGCCACUUUCUGUCUGAAUUCGUAGAUAUUUUGUCUUGGAUGUUUUCGUAGCCCUGAUGGCCACCUUUCGACUUCCAGUGGUGGGCCAUCUAUCGCCAACGAAUCUUGUUAAGUUCGCCUGUAAAUUCCCCGUUUGAUUAUUUCGCGUCUAAAAAAGGCACCGAUGCAUAUCUUCCCCGGGUUCCCCCUAGGUGUAAUGCGGUCGGGUUUGUGUGCUUUGUUUUCUUGCACGGGUUUGAGUUUUUGAUGGCCUUAGGCACAGCUUCUAAACUUCAGCUGUCUUUCGGUAUUGGCCCGGAAUUUAGAUGGAAACGACUGAUAUCCAGGAAACUGGACACAGAUACAGCUCUUAUGCAGGAAAUACAAACGACGACGCUCUUUGCGGCCUAAGCAAGUAAUUUGCAUAUAGUAAACUGGCAUUGGAGUCACAUGUGCCGCACUAAAUUAAGCUAUUUACUGAGAGUGUGCAGUGUACUUAUUUUGCGCAAGUGAACAUUUUAAGGACGGAUCUUCAUGUAUGAGAUUUCUGAAUUUCGGCACUGAUACACCACUCGAAUUAUGAGCGAGCAUUGUAGAAUUUCACCGACUGAAUUGUAUGUGCGGAGGUUUUCUUGUCAAAUAUGUUUUUUACAGGUCCACAUUUUACCUUCGUUUUGUGACUCUUACCGAUUUCCGAAAUUCUUAGGCUGUCUCCUGUUCUUCCGCAAACACACUGAUAAAGGGCUGACCGGCUACUGCCAACCUAGCCCAAUAUACCCAAUCUUUUGCUCACUGGCAACUUUUGUUCGUGAUCCUUUUUUGGCCAGAAAUAUCAUUUAUUGAUAUUGGAUCACAGAGUUUCUCCCGCAAUUACUUAACUUUAGCAGCUUUGGUCUGACCAUAGUCUACCGAUGAAGUUACUGUAAUGAGAUUUGUGCCAAUGAUUCGUAGCUAUCUCAUAGAUUUCCUCCCCAAUAACGUACUGUUGUUUAUGACUUUUUUCAAAAAAAUGCGGUCCCUAGCGCCAACCUGCCAAAGUUCAGCAGAUUUUGCAUGGAAUUCGGAAAGAAAGCGGUCUGCUCUCAAUCUCCCUGGAUCCUGACACCGGUCAAGCUGGGGGCGUCAGUUACAUAACUCUCGGAGCCCGUGGGGACAGUUAUUAUGAAUAUCUUCUUAAGGUAAACGUUGACACAUGUCUAAAAAUUUCAUUCUCAGUUAUUUCGUCUGUAAUCGGAAUGUGCAAUGUGUGGCUUUUUGGGGCUCGCGACAGCGUUUGCCUUCCAUACGAGUAGAUUUUUCCCGACCUUUGAAUGCGUCUCAGAAGGCAGAUAUGGUACCUUGCACCCUUCACUAAUGCCGUUUUCUCACGGAAUCUGCAUUUUCAGUUGAGACGUCAGGUUGCUAUCUAAGUACUUAAACUACCAACAUAAUCCUGGAUUAUACGCAACAUCGGCAGCUGUUCACUCAACUGUCUGCCUGUCUGCUAACGUCGGAUUAAUUAGUCCAAUUUAGGCCACUCAAGCUGCACUUGGACUAUUUCACUUACGCCGGACACCACACUGGCAGCGAGCGGGUUGGGAAGCACCGAUAAUAACUGUAAGUGAUUGCGUCUGCGCAGGAAUGGGUGAAGGCGAUUGCCAUCAGUUGUUCCGUCCCAUCAGUGGGUUGCUGUCUAGCUAUACAGGCGCACCAAAUAGUACUCCAUAUAUCGGCACCCGGAAGACAGUCCUUCCCGACAAAUGUCGUCUGUGUGGACCUUGUGUGCAUCAACCCGCCUUAAAUCUUUUCAUUUCGGAAAAACAAGUUUUGAAAGCUCUCAAUACCUUGCUCCUUUUGACUGCAGCCUGUAAAACGCAUUUCUGUUAUUCCUAAACUCUUAUUUGUCUCGUGACUCACGGAUAACUGAAAUAAGGCUGUCAGCACUUACAAGCAUGUGAAGAGGCGCAGGUUGGCGGCGCGGCCGACCCCUCACCUUGGCGCUCCACUCCACACCCCCGGUCCACACAACAAUUAACCAGGAUUUUAACCAAUGACAACAACACCACGACUGGUAAGAAGGAGGAUGAAGAGGACUGGGCAGCCAUGCUUCUGCUCUGUAGACCCUGCGGGAUCGUAAGCGCAUCUACCGGCAGGGAAUCAGGUGUCAGAACUGCCAGCGCAUAGGAGGCUGCAAGGGCCAUGGCAUAGCAGAAGAAGAAGAAGACGGAGACGGGGGAGGGCGCAUGCGGAUGGCGCAGCCGGAUACGCUACCUGGCGCUCCAUCCCACACACCUGGUCCACACAACAUUUGAGCAGGAUUCGAACUAACAAUAAAAAGAAUUGCCCAGAAAGAGGAGGAUGACUAGGCAACCAUGCACACGACUUGCAUACCCAUCAGGAGCGCAAUUGCAUCUACCAGCAGGGGAACCAGGUGCCAGAGAACUGCCAGCGCACACUAGGCUACGAGGCCAUGGUUUGCUGACCCUGGCAUAGCAGAUGCUUACAUACCUUUAGGCUUAGAAGGGUGACACAUGGCCCAACAUUUGCCAGGUCCGUCACCCUUCAAGACUGAGUAACCAAGCAGUCGUCUACUUAGAAGCACUACCCUCACAUACGUGAGUGUCACAGACCAUUUAAAAGGGAGCCCUAACAGCCCGGCUCUCAGCCCACCGGUCUGCCGUGAACUGAGUUAGGGCGUCGGUCGGCAGUCUUCCAUGCCAUGGCGCUUGGACUACCGUGAUAGCCUCAGACUCGGACCACACAUGCAGCCUUAUGGAGAAGGAGCUGAGAAACACACUUCCCAUUGACGUGGGAGGUGGCCAUUGGGUGCUUGUGAUGGGUGAUGGUGUUGGGAGGUGCGGGUGCCUGUGGGGGAAGGUAUGAUGGUGUGGUGUAGCCGGCGGUUGUCUGCCGCAGAUUUUUGUGAAUGUGCAUGUGUUCUAAUAGGUGCAUGCGGUGUGUGGAUGUGCGAAUGCAUCGAGGGCAGUUGAGGCGGAUGCGGCGAGUGUAGGUUGGUGCUCCACGCACUGGUUUGCCAGUCUCUGUGGGAUGGAUUCGCAAGUGACCGACCAGGCCGAUGUGUGUGGUGAAUGUACGAUCGCAAUGAGGACAGGCAUGAAUCGAGUCCACAUCGCUAAAGGUGACGACUUUGGUGAUGCUUGAAGUUGCUUAGAGGUCGGACGACGUCCCAUCGGUGGGUGGAGGGCGUGAAGACGUGGUGGUGGUGAUGCUAGUCGCUGCGGUCGAUGCAGGGCUUGGGGCAGGACGGAUGGCGUCCGCGGAUGGCGGUGACGGGGCAGGGACAGUGUGGUCGGUGGUGACGAGGGUGGCGGUCGGUGCGGAGUUGGCGAGAGUGGGCGAAGAGGCAAACUUUGUCGGGUUGCUGCGCAUUGAGUCCGAUGGUGUCCAACGAGACCGUUUCGUGCGCGAAAUGUGUGUUGGCAGCGCGGACAUGUUGGAAGCGGUGGAUGGUUGGCAAUGAGCAGGCGAGACACUUGUGAUUUGCGAGUCUCUCUUUCAGCUUUGUCGGUGGCGAUCCGAUUUGCCUCGUGGAUGGCCGCGCCGGUCUUCAUUUCUCUUCUGAUGGCCGGUCUGUUCUGAGCGAGGUCCUCCCAGGUCUCUAGAUGGAUCUACAAUCGCUUAAAAGGAUUCUUCAGUGUAUCCUUGUGGCGUUUUUUGAUCAGCCCGGUCGGCGUGCAGCGAUUUGUUUCGGUAGUCCUGUGUUUUUCAUCCUCCCGUGAUGGCCGCUCCAACGUAGCUGCAGUUGCCUCAACAUGGCGUGAAUGCUAAGGAUGUCUGUCCGUUCUAGGCCUUCGAUGUUGGACAUCCUGUCUUGUCAUCUCAGCUUUAGUAUUCUGCGAAGGCAGCUGAGGUGGUAUUGGCUGAGUUUUUUGGCAUGGUUGGGGUAGGCGGUCCAAGUCUCCGUUCCGUAAAGAAAUGUCGUCAGGACGACGGCCUUGUACAUCUUCUGUCUGGUAUUUAUUUGGAGGCCAUGACGAUUCCACAGGGAGUUCUGCAACCGGCCGAAUGCUUAGCCGGCUUUAGAGAUCCAGUGAGCUGUCUCAUCAUCGAUCCUGGUGCUGUUGGAAAGUGUGCUCCUGAAGCAAGCAGAAUUGUCCAAGGCUUUGAGUUGGUGGCCGUGGACAGUGAGUCGAUGAGGAGUAGUGUUGCGUGUUGGGUGACGGUUGACGUAUGAUUCCGUCUUGUCUAUGUUGAUAGUUAGGCCGAAGUUGGCGGGUCCGGCGGCCAGGAGGUCCAUGUUCCGUUGCAAGUCGACUUCGGUCGUGGUGUUGAGCACACAGUCGUCGGCGAAGUGCUGAUCGUGAACCGUGGUCGUAGAUAGCCGCGUUGGGUCCUGCAUGCGCCUGCUGUUGAGAAGAUGCCCGUCAGUUCUGUGGGUGAUGCGUAGCCCUGGACGUGGAUCACGGUAGGCGUCCAUCAGUGUGGCAGAAAACGUGAGACUGAAGAAGGUAGACGCGAGUACGCAGUCCUGCUUCACUCCCCUGGUCACUGCAAAUGCCUCGAAGACUGCGCUGUUGUUCGUGACGCGCGCUACCAUCCCGACGUGGAGCUGACCUACUAUGUGUGUGAAUCGUCCAGGACAGGCGAGUUUGUGGAGGAUUUUUCACAGUCCCUCGCGAUUUACUGUAUCAAAGUCCUUCGUCAGAUCCACGAAGUUGGUGUAAGGUGGGUUCCCAUCUCCUGGUACUUUUCUUGUAGCUGACGAUCGGCAAACACCCGGUCAGUGGUGCCCCGGUGUUGUCGGAAACCACAUUGGCUUUUCGGCAGGAGUCCUUGCCCGAGGUGUUCGUUGAGGCGAUUGAAGGGGAUGCGGAUGAAGAUCAUCCCGGCGGUUUUGAGUAGUGAGAUGCCUCUGUGAAUGUCGCAGGCUUGUCGGUUGCCCUUGUUCUUGUAGAGUUGAAGAAUGGUUGCUUCCUUGAAGUCCUAAAAAACUUGUCCGCAAUGCCACAUCUCCAGAAAUAGGGUUGUGAUUUGGUCUAUCAGGCGGUGGUCGCUGUGUUUGUAGAUUUCGGCUGGGAUUGCAUCGGAAUCUGGUGCUUUUGCACUGGAGAGUUUUUGCACGAACCAAAUGGUUUCUGGAAGGGAGGGUGGGAGGUCCAGGUCGACGUUGAUUUCCACUUGGGAGAGCGGGUCGAUGGUGGCGUCGGAGAUUGUAGAGGAGAGGGGGAGGGAGUUGAGGACAUUGCUGAAGUGCUCGGCCCAGCGCUUCAGGAUCUGCGACCAAUCCGUCAAAAGCGUUGAUCCAUCGGAGCUGAGAAUCAGUGCAGUCCCUUGGGUCGCGGGCCGUAGAUCGCCUUGAUUGCAGCGGAUAAAUCCUUUGAGUCGUGGCGGUCGGCGUAUGCUGGUAUCUCCUCGGCCUAGCGAGCCAUCUAAGAGUCCUGCAUUUCUCGCAACCGUUGCUGCGCUAGGCGGCGACAUUGGUAGAAGGCCGCUUUGUUGGUAUCGGCUGGGCGGUCGAGGUACUUUACGUGCACCUUGUCCUUCUAGUACAGCUUGUUACUGGUGACUGUGUUAUUUCCAACAUACUAGUCCUGGUGCUGGUGGCGUGCGCGACCGUGGGCAGCCAGGACGGUCGAGUGAACGGCGUCCCGUAGUCGGCACCAUCGAAUCUACGAAGAGGCGCAGUAAUCUGCUGCUGGCAGGUCUUUUAGCCGCUGGGUUAUUUGAUUGCUGAAAUGUAAACGGUGAGGAGGCAAAAACAACAAAGCAGCAUCCAACUUACCUGAGAGUCGCUUACCUUAUGGCCUCCUGCGGGCUUGCACACGGAGCUUCAUCUUGGAGAUGACGAGGCGGUGGUCCGUUCAGCCAUCGUUGUCGCAGAUCACCUUGGUCACCAUCAAGUCCUGCCGAUCACGCCGCCGAACGAGAACAUAGUUCAUCAGCCGCUAGUACCACGAUGGGGGUGCAUCUAGGUUGGUUGUCCUGCCUGCCGCAGAGCAGUCGUCCCACGAUGUUGUUCCGGAUGGCAAAGGCGACGUCCGCGUCACGUCGCUCUGCCUUGUGGCAACCGCUCAAGAGUAAGGUGUAGCCGACUCCUGCCCCCUGCAGUUGGCGUUUUUCGGAGAACGGGGUCUCGCUGAGUGCAACAAUGUCCACCUUGUAGCGUGCCAGUUUUCGAGCUAUUAGCGUCACCCUUCAUUCCGGCUGGUUGCUCCUGGCAUUAUUUAAAAAGGAACAGGCAUUACAGACCGCUAGAUUGGGCGGACUCACCCGAUCUGUCUGUCGUCUAUGGUGGCGAGGAGGAGGAGGGGAAGGAAUAGUGAGUAUUUUGUCUUGUGUUGUGGUGUCGACCGCAUGUUAAGCAGUCUGCGAGCCACGGUCUGCAUGCAGAUGCCCUGAACCCAGGUUUGGUUAAGGCAUCUUUUAUAGCCCCCUUGUCCUUGGGGGGAAAGCUGUGCUCUGCCCAACUAGGGAUGUUUUUUCACACCAGACGGAUACCGCUCCCCACACUGGGUCACGGGCUUUGACCUGGGUUGCCUACGGGUUGCUGUUGCUCCCACUGUAGGACUUCCGACCAUGGUGCGAGGCGAUAGAGUAGAAUAUAAAGAACGAAGGGCGGAGGAGGAAUGCGGAGAGAGGGUACGAAGGGGCAGAAUUACCGUGUGUGGCGAUGCACACACAGAUACCCUCGCCUGGUUUAGCCGGCCUGUCGAGGCGGUCACCGAGGUGUGGCCUCCCUACAGAGCCUAGCUUUGGGAAGCCAAAAGUGAGAGUUGGGUUCCAGUUAAUGGACGCUAGACGUAGUCAGCACCUCCAAGCAAGUGAGCGACCUAUCACGACCUUCAUGUGGACCCACAACUGCACACCCCUACACCCCGGUAAAAUACCUAAUCCUUGCAAGUUAGACCGCAUAUCUCCCUAGUGCAGUUAAAUAUGAAGUUCCGUUCAUUUGGGUAGAUGCUCCAACACGCGUGUAGCAGACGGAGACCGAGGCAAGAUGCGUAGUCAGUCAACGCUUUUUAGCUCAUUUUCAGUAAUAUCGGAUUCUUUUUGUGAUUUGACUACCGUUGUAAUGAUAAAAGUGAGUACUGAGGACGCCAAGCCAGCUUUUCUCACUGAUAAGAUGCCAUUUCACAGGGAGAGGAGGGAAAAUUGUUGUUCAGAUGGUUGACGAGCUGUUGUGAGGGUCAUAAAUUCCUUUUUGUCCUAUUGCUUUUUACGUAUGGAGUUAAGCUUUCCGUUAAAACACACCUUAUUGCCACCCUGGUACUCAUGAUAUAUUACGCGUACGACACGUACUAUCAACUUGAAAUUGGGGUGAUGACAGUUUGACGGUCGUUGUCGAAGAUAUCUACCGUGUGCUGCACAGCAGGAACAGUGAGUUGUGCGUGAAUUGGUUUAUACUGACUGUAGACUUGCGUAGCACCUAUCGCACUCCCUUUUCCAUAUGGAGUCGGUUUUAAGAUAAAGUAAAGAAGACCGAAGGUUGUAGAGGGCGCAGGUGAUUGGUACGACGAAAAUCCACACCUCGAAAAUGUCAGGUAUUACUCUCCACGCCUGGCUGUGUGCGGCAGAAGGCCCGGACAUCUCUACCCAUUCUCUUCUCCAGCCAUGGUGACCGAAUGCCGAAAGUUCAAGAACCACUUCUAUGUCUUGACAAGCCAUAUCGUGGCCGACCAUGGAUUGAUCUUCAAUUGGACGCCUUAAGAUGGGCAACGGCGCCGGAUCGAGGAAACUAACACUGGGUUCGUGAAAUGAAUGACGAAAAACUUGCCUAAGUUAUCUCAGUCGUCUUUCAUGGAUGCUCUGAGAUAUCCUCGCGAUACUGUCGCAACAAGUGCAGACGGCCUCCAUUAGGUCAAAGUCGGUGCACUUUACUCGAAGAAUAGUCAGUAACCGCCAGUGGUCUGAAUCUCUACUUUUUGCUCAUCCACGCACACAGUCUAGUAUUUGCAACCGUACAGUAGUAGAGUCCAUAAACACUUUCUGAGGAUUCGGAAAACCCUCUGAGCAGCAUUGAUUUGAGAGACAGUGUCGUCCUGGCUCAGUCCUUUAGACAGCAGCCUCGCCCUGAGGCAUUUGAACCUGUCUACUUCGGUAGAGAGGCGCUUAUCGAUCCUGUUACGGAACUCACUCAUCCCGUUGUGCCUUGGGGGUAUCCCUCGAGCCCCGCCAGCAGCCGCAAAGCGUUGCUUUAUAUAGGCAGAACAACAUUACCAGAAAAAGACAAGGGAGGCUGGAAUGGUCAUUUAGGCCCGUGGUUCAGUGGGUUCAGCACGUAGCGGGAUCGAACCCCAGGUGUUGCACACGUCGAGGUUGGGUAUGGCUGACUGACGACAGCCAACAAGCCAGGAAUGACCAUCCCUGUCUCCCCUGUCUUUACCCUUAAUGAAAUACUGUCUACUUCUUCAAGUUGGCAGCCAAUUAUCCUGGAAUCUUUAUUUUUUUCGAGGCUAAACCGGGGAUUCGGACUUCAUACAGGCAGCCAACAUCCACCUUGUACAGGUAAAGACUGCGCGCCGUCAGACUCAUUUCAAGAGUCCGUUCUCUAUUAAGCAUUCCAGCUCGCAUAUUAUUCGACCGCACUACUGAAUCAGGUUUGCGGAGCGCGUCGGAUUCCUUGGACGUCGUAGCAUGGAUCGUAAUACUGCAAUCGAAGCUUUUCCUCACGUUUAUUGGGAAUUUGGAAUGCAGGCGGGUUCCCAACAGACGCUCUGAUUAUUCUAGGUUGUCUCCUCCGACGCUUAGGUACAAGAACCUAAACAGAAGACAGCGGUGGCUAUGAAACUUAGCCAGUGGCGGUUCAUGGUUGACAUGUCGCAGUGCCGUCAUCGGGCUUUGUGGUACUUUAUGAGGCAGUCGGCCUGCCAGUCCUCUGCCCUCCGUGUCGCUUCUGAGCAUGGAUUGCAAAACGCCAUACUGCUUCUGACUCUGGAGUCGUCACCGGUAUUUACGGCAUUUUAUAAGGCUGGUGGCGUGCUAAAUCUUAGCCUUUCUGGCACUAAGAAGGUCUACAAAAACCUUAUCGUCUUUUUAGGAUACCAUAUUAGCCGCACAGGUACUAGUUAAAAGCCCAUACACGCCUGCUUCGCCGAUAUUCCGCUGCUGCAUGGCACGGCUGCGAUGGUUUCGGCUCAUUAGUGGGUCCCGCAGCAUUAUCCGUCUGCUUUCUGGUAGAUACUCCAAUUUAGAAAUUGUUACCUUUUAAUUUCCUCAGAAAUUAACUGCGAACUUAGAAUAGAUGAGUAUUUUCUAGGUCUGUAGACCCAGACCGAAAUUUUUAUGUAUGCAUAUUUGGGCAAACUCCAUUAGCCACGGCGUGUAACCGUGUGAUAUUAAUUAACUGAAUACUGACCUACUCCAAGUUCGCAGUUAAUUUCUAAGGAAAUUAAAAAGCAACAAUUUGAAAGUUAUUUUCUGCUAGCAAAACAUUUAAACGCGCCCUUUCGAAUAUUCACUGACAGCCUGGCUUAUUUUGCUUCUUCUAAAGCAAUGAUGUGCUUAGAACACGACCAGUUACCCUCCUCGCUAACAUUCAAUUGGAAAGGAAGUUAAUAAAAUGUAUGCAUCGAAGGGUGGCUAUUUUCAACUUUUGUUUUGACGAUGGAGUUUUUUUUCGGGUAUUGUAAACCUUUGUCACUUCGCCCUUUGGUUUCGAAGGGGAAAAGCCUAUUUGUUUCUCGGGAGUUUCAUUGCUCGGCCUUAGUCAAAUGCUACCUCUCCUUUUCUUUCCAGGCUGUCGAAUUAUCCUGGAUUUUGUCGUCUGAAAGUUAAUAGUGACCAAGCUAAAGAAGCCUGGAAAUUUUGUUUGUUUGUUGCCGUCGACUCCAGCCCCAGAAGAUCCAAAGUAUGAGCCCGACCAUUUGGUCAAUAGCCGGACACGAGCCAUGUCUUCCUGGCCACGGCUGACCAUACGCACUCGUGACGGUCAGCUUCACUAGACUACUCUUACAUCAAGAAAGAAAACUCAAACUGAGGAAAAUUAAUUGCUGAGCGGAUCUGGGGACUUUUCUGGCUGACGUUUCGUGGAGCUGGGGCUGCUCUCCAUUGUCAAAGCGUCAAGUGAAAAAAUCGAUCAGAAUUUUUGAAUAAGCUGCCGGAUUAGUUGGCUUUGGGCUGAUCGAUUUUUUUCUUCCUUUGCUGCCUUGGCCUACUGGCCGUCGCCUGUGAGUGUUGGUGGCCUCCUGUAUUACGUGUCGUCACCUCAAUUGGGGUUAGUUGCGUUUCCGUUCCCCUUUUGGGUGAAGUGUUUGCUCGGUAUCCUUAAGCUCCGUAUGAUUGUCUUGUCUUCGGCACUGUGUAUGUAGUGACGUAGGACUUUAUAGGCCGAAGAAAGGUCUAUAUGCCCGUUGAUGGAGUUGGCGUCUGAGUACCAAGCCUCAAGUGUGAUACGCUCAGUCCUUGAGGUGCCCCUGCCUAAGACGGCUACUCCUUGAAAAUCAAAACUGUGACCAGUUUCCCCCGAUGUGAGCCGCAAGCUGUGAGUUUGGGUCUAGUCUCUGAGUUGCCAAUUUGUGCUCAUGUAGGCGGGUCUGCAGUUUCCGUUCGGUUUCCCCAACGUAGUUGCAGUCUCCAUCCUUACAACGUAUUUGAUAGACAACUGCUGAGGUUUCAGUGGGUGGCAGUAUGUCUUUGGGUUGCAUCAAACGGCGACGAAUUGUUGCCUGGGGUCGAUGGGCAAUGCCUACCCUGCCCAGGCAACAAUUCGUCGUUGUUUGUAAAAUUGGAAUGCGUUUGGAUUUUCACUUGACAGUAAUCCCGAGAUCAUUGCAACACCUUUGUUGGUGUGCAAAACUAGCUCAUUCAAUGUUUCAACUUGCGUUUCCCCGUAGCCCGGUCUUUUGCUUUCGGUCUAUCCAAUCUCAUGAUUUUCCGCCCGCGAUAGUCUGAGAGAAUGAAGGCAAUGCUUGCAUUGUAUUUUCUUUUAAUUUGCCCCUGUCGAUUUUGAUAUUACCAAUUAGCGAUUUGCUUGCCCUUAUUAUCCCGUCACCUCUGAGUACGAAACUGUUACGUGCCUUUAGACUUGGGUUCAGACUGGGAAGCGGGUAAAAUGGUUGGAGGACGACUAUCGGCAAGCCAUUGACGGUGUCCAGGAAAAACUAGUUCGCCGCUCCUCACCAAACAACCUGACCUUCGUUGGCGAACUGCGUUCCGGCCGUUUUUCUCCGAAGAUGGUACGUCUUCACAUCUUCACGUUUUAACCACUACAGUUUCGGUAUUAGGGCGAGGUUUGGAGUGCUUUAUUUUUGUCUCGUUUAUCUUAACAUGAUUUGCGACGUUAUGGAAGUGUUUGGCCGAUCUGCAACUGUAAUGGACCUGGCUCGCGUCUUCCGGCCGAUCGGAAGGAUGCUUAACGCAAAGCCUGCAUGUUAUUGUGUUUAGGUAGAACGGUAGUUAUGUACCAUGCUAAUCAGUAUUUCAAUGCCAUUUGUGUAAUAAUCUCUGUCUAGAGCACAUUCGAAGGUCCCAGCCAGUUUUUGGUUAGUCUCCGAGCUUGCCGUACCUUAUUUUGCAAAACAACAGGAAGCUCAUGCAGAUAACCAGCGUUCUUGCGGUCUUAGCCGCGCGGUGGAAUUUAUGGCGAACAGCUGACAGAAAACCGUAUGGUCAUGAGUAAUUUCGAAGUUCCCGAUGCUAAAUUAAUAGGGUGUCCUCUGGCAUUGCUUUGGGGUUACGGGAGCUGAGUGCACACUCAAAUCUUUGCGCCGCAGCGUGUAUCUGCAAGCUUUCUCUUACAUUCAAGAAGGGUCUAUUGUCAAUUAACAAGUUUUGAAUUUUUGUUCACUGUAAUCCUGCAGCUUUCUUUUAAGCUAAAUUACCGUUUUGAGUUUUUUUUUGCUCAUCGAUUGCGGAGUCUUGCCUUCGUUUGUGACUUUGCGAAUUCCCGUCACACCGCAAGCCUCAUGUCAACAAUCAUUUUGCCCGCAGGACCACCUAGUCUGCUUCCUGCCCGGCACUCUGGCUUACGGUUACUUACAUGGAAUGCCGGAAAGUCAUUUGGAACUGGCAAAACAACUGCUUCGGACCUGUGUGGCAACUUACAACCAAAGCGCAACCGGCCUCAGUCCAGAAAUAACCCACUUUAACUUCGCCGAGGACAGCCCAAAGGACUUUUACGUUAAGGUAUAAUCUUUCUCUAACCUUUGCCGGCCAUCCGAUCACCUGGUUUUCGGUCAUAGUCGGUCUUUCUUGUUUUCUAGAAGGGAGACGCGCACUGUAUUUUACGUCCCGAAACUGUGGAAUCUCUCUUCUACCUCUAUCGUAUAACAAAGGACCCACUUUACAGGACUUGGGGCAGGCAGAUAUUUGAAGCUUUCCAGAAGCACACCCGAUUACCCCAUGCUGGCUAUGCUCCAAUAGAGGAUGUCAAUGUGCUGCCCGUGUCGCACAAGGGAAAGAUGGAGUCCUUCUGGAUGGCUGAGACACUUAAAUACUUCUACCUCCUUUUCAGCGACGAGGCUGCCGCUAAGUUUGAUCUUAAAAACUGGGUCUUUAAUUCAGAGGCCCAUCCGUUUCCCAUUCCAUCCAAUGAGACUGAUAUUAGCCUUCUGAACCAGGUUUACACUCUGACCUCGUUAAGUUAG